CUAAUCUCCAACACACUAUUUAACACUCUCUCCCUCUCCAGAAAUAAAAACACCGGCAAAUCACCAAAUCCACACACCAAAAAACCCCGCUCUCUCUCUCUCGCUCUACACCUCCUAUUUUGAUUCCAAAAAUAAGGUAAAUUAUCUCUGCGCAUGCAUUUUGGCGCGUGCGUAUCCGAAUUUUGCUGGAUUGAAGAUUUACCGAUGUUAACCUUCGAUUUGACCGCCGAUACAGCUGAAAUGGCGUCGGACAACCAUCUAGCACCGUCCGGCGAUCAGAUGGAGUAUUCCUGCAGCUCCAAUUCUUCCGUCGUCAAUGCGGAUACCUCGAGCGCCGCCGGCGAUGCGAACUCGAUCUCGAAUCACUACGCCGUCGUUUUCGAUAUAUGGAAGGCCGGUGGAGCUGAGGAGGGCGAGAAAUCGAGCGGCGGUUGCACGGCGAAGGAGUUUUUUCCGGCCGGAGGAGGCGAAACUAGGCCGAGGCGGUGGGCGGAUCUCUCGGGGAGCCGCGGCGAGUUGCCGGAGGAGACGGUUGCUGCUCAGCAGCUGCAGAGGAGGCAGCUCGUGAAGAAGAGCCGGAGGGGGCCGAGGUCCCGCAGCUCUCAGUAUCGCGGCGUCACGUUCUACCGCCGCACCGGACGUUGGGAAUCUCACAUUUGGGACUGUGGUAAACAAGUUUAUUUGGGGGGAUUUGACACUGCACAUGCUGCGGCUAGGGCAUACGAUCGUGCUGCAAUAAAAUUUCGUGGACUGGAUGCCGAUAUCAAUUUCAACGUCAGUGAUUAUGAAGAUGAUCUUAAGCAGAUGAAGAAUUUAACCAAGGAAGAAUUCGUGCACAUACUUCGGCGACAUAGCACAGGUUUCUCUAGAGGAAGCUCAAAGUAUAGGGGAGUAACGUUGCACAAAUGUGGAAGAUGGGAAGCUCGGGUGGGGCAGUUUCUUGGCAAGAAGUAUAUCUAUCUUGGGUUGUUUGACAGUGAGCUAGACGCUGCAAGGGCAUAUGACAAGGCUGCUAUCCAAUGCAAUGGAAGAGAUGCAGUCACCAAUUUCGAUACGAGUUCGUAUGAAGAGGAGCUGAACGUGUCGGACAUAGGAAAUGGCAAAUAUCACGAUCUUGAUCUAAACUUGUGCAUUGCGCCUCCUAAUGGAGCCAACGUUCAUACUGAGAACAUCGAACCUGGAAACUUUCAGAUUAACUGCAUCUCAAAGGGCUCAGCAUCGGCUUCUGUGGGAGCUCAAUUGCCCCGCGAUAAAGGAAACCUCUGUGAACGCCCUUUUAUCUGGGGCGGAAUAGACUCCUGCUUUCGUCCUGCCUAUAAGGGGACUACAAUAGAGAAGUUCAUGGAGGUUGAUCGACUGGCAAAUUGGACUUGGAAGUCACCCGAACAGUUUCACGGGGAUUGCACUUUGCCCCUCUUCUCGACUGCAGCAUCAUCAAGAUUCGCCACUAGCUCGAGUUUCAACUCUUCUUCAUCUUGUCCGGUUAUUCGCUCGCCUUUCAGCAUGAGUUCCCAAAACCACUAUCCUUUUGCAAAUUUGACCAACAGUGGACCUCAUCAAAGUCCGUGACUCGUGAGGCUUUUUACGGACAUGUCAUCAAGAAAAAUAAUUUUUUUUAUUAUACGCGUUUAUUUUUGCCGAACGAUUCAGUUGUCGGCAUCUUAUAAAGGGAUUUGAAUAAUUCUGCAAAAUUUGUUAUCCUUUUUGCAUAGACACCUACAUAAAUUACCUCUGAAGUUUAGUUCGAUUAUAAGUACUCCAACUAUGCCUCAAAUUUACAGUACAUUAUAUCUGCUGUUUUAAAGGUGAGAAAUUCCUUUUCAGCUCUGAAUGUACCUUAAUUGUUAGUAUGUAUGUCUCGUGCUUGAAAUCAAAUCAAACCAGUUUGUUAUUUGGAGGUAUUAUAU